AUGACAACAAACUACAUAAGAUUCCAGUGGCGUGACACAGGAUAUGGAGAAUGGGUCCGAGAGCUUGAUGAGGCGGAGCUUUCCUAUACGUCACUUCAACGGAAUUGGCGAGGCAGUGGGCGGUCUUUCUUUCAUAUGACCGGCCAUCUUACACUUGAAUUUGUUGUUGACAACUAUGCAGAUCUUUCUGCCAUCGAAAAACGUGUCGACUCAGCUCUAGCCAAGGCAUGGUUGACUUUGCGUUACCACCACCCUACGAUCGCUUCACAAACAAAGCUCGAUCCCAUAACAGGGAAAUACAUGAAGGCUUAUCCCCAACACUCAGUUGGGUGGCUCGAGAAGACUUUCGUUGUCCUUUCGACAGGUCACACUGGCGCGGAAUGGGCAAACCAUGAUCCUCCCGCCCCGGUACUCCCUACUCUAUACGCAAUGGCUGUCCCAUCAAUUGAAAACAAGCGGGUUGUCCGCCGCGAUCUUAUCUUUCGAUCUCCUCACGACAUCAUCGACGGCAUUGGCACCUUGCUACUGUUUGACAACUAUGUGCGCCAUACCGCUGAAGCUUUCGCACAGGGGGAUUCGUAUGAGCCUCCAUCUCUUGAUGAUCCUCAGGUCUUCCAAAACUUGAGUCCGCCGUUCCGAGUCGCAGCCGCAAUCCCGCCGGAGCCAUCAGAGGCGGCCCUGCAUCGCUUGGCUGGUUUGGAUAUCGCUGAUGUGGAAGACAAAGCGAGGAAUGCAGAGGUUGCCACGUUGCCCUAUAAAAUGGGAGCACUCGUCCCAGGCAUUCACAGACGAGUGGAGAUAACAUUGUCGCCGGAGGAAACGGCGAGGUUGACAGGCGCUUGUAAGGAAGUUGGGUCAACCGUCACACACGUCUUCCAUGCUGCGAUUGCACUUGUUCUUCGUAAUCUGCAGCCGAUGCAUGAGAAGCCUCGAUUAGUUGAGUAUGUGGGCUAUCUGCUGCGCAACGAACGAGGCAGCUGUGUCCCGCCAUUCAAUGGUCAUGAACAUGCCGCUGCGGUGUACCACUCAACCUCCAGCGAGAAGUUGAUUGUCAACAUGACCGUUCCUGGUCGCAAUGAUAAUUUGCCUGAAGAAACACGGUUGGAGGUUGAAAAACGAGAGUUUCUUGAUAUCGUGCACCAGAUGAGGGAGUUCUACCAGAAAGUGCGAGACGAUCCUGAACACUACCGUCUUGCGCCGCUGUUAUGGGCGAGGCGCUCGAUCCCACCACCUCUAGACGAGCACUUGAUUCCCCCCAUCCCACCCCCUAGUGACUCUCCAUCUGCCUCGAUCUCUAGCAUGGGCCGCAUCGAUAACAUCAUUCGUCGGGGGCACGGUGAUAUAGAGGUCUAUAACCCUUGGGUGACUGGAGAAGAGCUGAGGAACGGGCUAGGCUUGUUUCUAGGUACCUUUAGAGGUUCUUUGUCACUGAGCGCCGCAUAUAACGACGCUUGGCAUGACAAGGAUGAGGUAUUGCAGUUUGUUGAAAGCUGCAUACGGCUUGUGAACACGGGUCUGGGCCUUGAACAAUCGAGGUAG